CCGGCAGUAAAGCGUCCGCAAGAAGCCACACAGCAUUUUGCACCGUCAAAACCCAAUCGAGUCAUAAUGGCAGGGCCAACAAUGGAAGUGGUGUCGCCGGCACAGUCCGAGGGUGAGAUGCGGCCAUCGCACAUGCUCAACUCGCGGCUGUCGACCGUCAACUACUUCACGCCCAACAGCGAUGGCCUGGGUGCCACGCAGGUGCUGGGCGGCAGUCAAGCGCCUCGACAGUCCUUGAUGGCUUCCGUCAUGCGUCCGUCUUCUACGAUGCGUCCGUCUGUGGUCACCGACCUGAGCAACAACUUCUCUGAGGGCAAAAUCCACGACGCCAAGUUGCAGGUCUUCGCCAGCGACGUGCUGAUGGAAGGCCAACUUACCAAAAAGGGCGAGUCCGGGCUGCAGGCGUGGAAGAAUCGCAUCUUCGUGCUGCGUGGGCAGGAGCUCUCGUAUUACACCAUCGACAGCAAGCAACGUUAUGGCGCUUUGAAGGGCACGUGGGACAUUGCAGGCGCGACUGUGGAGCGUCUGGACAACUCUUCUUUCAGCUUAAAGUUGACCAACGGGAGUGUCCGCGCUAUUGGAGCGCCAAAUGUGCAGACGCUGAUGGACUGGAUGACGGCCAUUGCUGUGGCUGCCGAGGCCCACAUUGUGAAGCCCACGUCCGACUUGUCUCUUGUGGACCAGAGCCGCACGACGCACAUUAUCUUGGUGCGUCACGGCCACUACGCCAGCUCGCAGACGCCGUCCGCGGACAUGCACGGACCGUUGACAGACUUGGGCGUGCAACAGGCGCGUGCAACGGGUCGAUUCCUACACAAAUACCUGACCGAGCGAAUGGUGUUGAAGCGAUUCCCCAAGUUCCCAGUGUACCAUAGUGGCGUCCGUCGUGCAGUGGAGACGGCCGAACGUAUCGGAGACGCGUUUCCUUCUGGCUCGGUGGAGUUCCGUGAGAACAAACUCUUCCGUGAAGCGUGGCCGGGUAACCCUUUGCCGAACGGUAACCGCCAGCAAUUGGCGAGAGAGAAGCUGGACAACAUGGUGUCGGACUGCGCUCGGCUCAAAAUGGCAUACCGUACCAUGUUCCGUCAUUUAAUUCCGCAAGACUUGGAGAUCGAGGAGCGUCAACUGAGUGAGGAAGACCAGAAACAUUACGCUAAUACGUUCGGCAUACGGUCAACGCAGACCCGCGCAAAGGACAGAUUCCGUGUCGUGGUCUGUCACGCCAAUAUCAUUCGCUGGUUUGUGUGCAAGGCGCUGGGUGUGGACCCCAAUGGCACGUGGGGCCGCAUGCGCUACAACCACUGCGGUAUCACUGCUAUGGAGGUCGACAGCGUCGGUAACGUACAGCUCACGUACAUGAAUCAAACAGGACACUUGGAAACGACGCAACUUUCCGAGGUGUAGUAAGUGCUCGCUACACCAAGUCAAGAAGUCCUAUGGGGACUCCGGUUGUAGUAGGAGAGUUUCUAAGGAUCGACUCGUUUAUAGGCUGUGGCUCUGUAUUUACAUGGAGUGCGUCAAAAAUCCACUGGGUUUGAACGCUUGAA